AUGCCAAUCAUGGAGAAGGUGGGCAAGAACUUCAAGUUGAUCAAGAAGAUCGACGAGGGGGCCUUCGGAGAGAUCUACCAGGCUAUCAACACCAAGAGCAAUAUGGAUGUGGCCGUCAAGAUCGAGCCGGUCAACACGGACCAUCCUCAGCUGAUCUACGAGUGCAAGCUCUACAACUACCUGCACAACGACAUGACGGUGAUCGACAAGGGCAUCCCCAACAUCUACUACUGCUCCACCGAGGGGGACUACAACAUCCUGGUGAUGGACCUGAUGGGGCCCUCCCUCGAAUCUCUGUUCAACCAGACCCUCCGGAAGUUCAGCCUCAAGACCGUGCUGAUGCUCAUUGAGCAGAUGAUCCACCGUAUCGAGUACAUCCACUCCCGGAACUUCAUCCACCGGGACAUCAAGCCUGACAAUUUUUGUGUGGGGCUCAACAAGACUGCCCAUAAAAUCUUUCUGAUCGACUUCGGACUGGCCAAGCGCUACAUCCAGAAGGACGGCAAGCACAUCCCCUACCGCGAGGGCAAGAACCUCACUGGCACUGCCCGCUACGCUUCGAUCAACACCCACCUCGGGAUCGAGCAAUCCCGCCGUGAUGACCUGGAGUCGAUCGGCUACGUGGCAAUGUACUUCCUGCGGGGCAUGCUGCCGUGGCAGUCACUGAAGGCCACCACCAAGAAGGACAAAUACGAGCGCAUCAAGGAGAAGAAGCUAACCACCUCGAUCGAGGUCCUCUGUAAGGGCUACCCGAAUGAGUUCGCGAAGUACCUGUCCUACGCCCGGAACCUGAAGUUCGAGGAGAAGCCCGACUACCUGCUGCUGAAGAACAUGUUCAAGGACCUGUUCAACAAGCAGGGCUACAAGUACGACUACCAGUACGACUGGGUGAUCCUCAACGAGAAGAAGGACAAGCAAGCAGCAUCAACUGGAGGUCCAGAAAGGCGGGGCCUAGCAAGGAAGUCAAAGCAAUGA